AUGCAGUUAAAAAAACUUUUAAAAUUUUGUUCCUGGAAUAUUGAAGGACUUUUGGGAAAACUGGAUGAUAAAAAUGAUAGUACAGUAAAUAUACAAGGUUUUUAUUCUUUUUCCAAGUGUAGGCAAAAACAUGAUAGAGCUUGGAGGAACUCGGGUGGUAUAACUGUGUUGGUGAGAUCAGAGUUGAGAAAAGGGAUCAGAUUUUUUGAUAGAGAAAGUAAUGAACAGUUUAUUUGGUGGAAAUUAGACAAAGAUUUUUUUCACAUGAAACGAGAUUUGUUUAUAUGUAGUGUUUAUAUUCCUCCGCAAAACUCGCCUAGAGAACGUCGUCUAGACCGCGACCAUUUUCAAUCUCUUCAGGAAAAUAUUUACAAAUUUUCAAAAUUAGGGAGCAUAAUAUUAUGUGGCGAUUUCAAUGCUAGAAUUGGUGAUUUAGAUGAUUGUAUAAAAACCACGUCAGUUUUAGAAGAUUUUUUCCCAUCUACCUGUCCUCCUAACGGUUCAAUUGAAAUUGAAUCACGUAACUCCAAAGACAAUCACUGUAAUUCAUAUGGGAAACUAUUGGCAGAAUUGUGUUGCGGGAAUGAUUUAAUUCUGCUAAAUGGUAGAACGAAGGGUGACUAUAUCGGUCAAUUUACCUGUCAAACAUAUAAUGGAGCUAGUGUGGUUGAUUAUACUAUUGUUUCCACAGAGGUCAUGAGCGAAAUUAAAUAUUUUACUGUCUCUGAAAUCACACACUUCUCGCAUCAUUGUUUUCUUUCCUUCGGUUUAGAAACUGAAUCUUAUUUACCACUAAGGACAGAAAAAACUUUACAAUUGUCGUCACUUCCUAUGUCUUUUAUGUGGAAUGAUGCUCUAAAAACUACUCUUAGGGAAAAUCUCAGUAAUACCUGCAUUUUGAAUGAAAUGAAUACUUUGUUUCAAUCUCCACAAGAUCAGGAUGUGGAUUCAUUAGUGAAUGAAUUUACAAAUAUUAUUAUUAAAGUUUCGAAAAAGGUUAUAAAAAUUAAAAAUAGACGAUUUACAAAAAAGAAACAAAAAAGUACAAUGCAAAAUAAAAAAUGGUUUGACAAGAGUUGCCACGUGUUAAAAAAUGAACUACGAAACUUGGGUAGCUUGCUUUCAAGAUUCCCUGAUAAUAAUUUUUUACGACAUAAAUUUUUCAGUACAAAGAAGGAAUACAAACGACUCGUCAAACGAUUAAAAAGAAAUUUUAAAAAUGAAAUGUUAAGCAAAAUUCAAUCUAUGGAAGAAUAUAAUCCAAAAGAGUUUUGGAAAUUGGUAAAGUCUAUAAAAUCAAAUAAUUCCAAUAGUAUAGAGGAUGAGAUUUCACCCGCAGUAUGGUACGAUUAUUUUAAAAAUUUAAAUGAGGAAAAAGUAACUACCGAAAAUUCCAGAAACGAGACUCAAUUUGUCAGAGAUUACCGACUUUGGGCAGCUAAAUCUGAUAAUACUCUAGAUGCACCGAUUUCAGUAAAUGAAGUUUGUGCAUUAGCAAAGAAGCUUAUAAGAACAAAAAGAGUAGUGCUGGAGACGUAA